AUGUCCACCAAGUUUCCCACUCCCUCACAUCCAUCCUCUAACAGUAUGGUACUAGUCUUAGACGACCCUAGUUGGUGGCCAGUCAUCAACGCUUGGCGUUUUAGCAGCUAUUUUGGAGUUGCCGCCUUUGUUGGAGUGGUCCCUUACGUUCGGACAAGAGGUCGAACUGGUCUGGAGGCAACAUUGGUCCCUGAUGACCGUCCUCUAUCUGAGUGUGCGCUAUCUCGGAAUGGUUUUUGUCAUCCUGAACAUACUGGACAUUGGUCCGACGAUUUUGUUGACAGAUUCAGUGAGUCUUCUGCACAGAUGCCUGCUAUUCCCAUUCGAUUAACCGUGACACCCUGUACUAGGGAUGUGAGCCGGAUUAUGUACUCCGCGUGGAAUUGGACGAAUGUUGUGGCAUUUCCAAUGCUGGGUGUCAUCAUGAUCACUCGGUUACAUGCCAUGUAUCAACGAUCCAGAAGGAUCCUGAUAUUUCUCGUCGUCGUGUCCUUGGCUGUCAACAUUUUUGACUUCGCGACCGCUGUAAUGGUAACGAGGCAUGUUUCAGGAGAGGAACACAUUCUCUCUGGCACCUAUGCGUGCAUGACUGGCUAUGCGGACAAUAUCUUUCUUCUGAAUGCCAUUACUUGGAUACUCGGAACUGUCUGGGAGGUCCUCGCGCUGUGUCUCGCAGUCUGGAUUGCUGUUAAACACUUCCGUGAACAGCGACAACAUUCAGCAGGAGGGAUUAUCGGCGACUGUUUCACAGUGUUGAUAAAAUCACACGUGCUUUACUUUGCGAGUUAUGUUACCGUGUCUUGCCUCGCCCUCGUACAUAAUUUGUCUCCGAAGCUGCACCUAUUUUCCUUCGACAAUCAGACUUUUACUGGUUUUGUUCGGAUUUCGCAAGCCAUACAGUCCUUUGUGCUAGGACCACGCCUCAUCCUAAGCGUUCGAGAAUAUCACGCUCGGCUCGUGGCUGACUCUGAUGCAGCAACCGGCAUGAUCUCAAUCGCUUUCCAGGAGCGCGUGCAUAUAUCAACUGGCAGUGGCGUAUAG